AUUUAGACAAUGUUUAUUCAAAUUUUCAAGUAAAAUCUACAAGUCCCUCAAUAAAUGCUACUAUUCCAACUUCAACAGAUAGGAGUAAUAUUACAAUCACAUAUUAUGAACCAGUAGAACGCUUUUACGGGAAUAUUUCGAUCUACCAAAUUGAUAAAAAUGGCAACACCAUUAUUCGACAAUUUGUUAAUGGUGUCAAUAGCUUUUGUUCCAUCUCUGAUAAUGGAUUAACUGUAACUGUAAAUGUUCUCAAAAGUACCUUUAGUAAUCCUAAUAGCCAAUUUUACAUUAAAGUUGACAAUGAUUUUGUAAGAAGCAAAGCAUACAGGGAAUCCUUAAGGGGCAUAUAUGAUAAUAUUUGGAAAUUCAAUACAAGUUCAAGGGAAGAAACUUUUGCAGACAAAAUAUAUGGAGUGCUGCGUUUAACCAAAGAAGGCACUGAAUACUACGAAAAUCUUAAUUCAACUGGAAAAGAUAAAUUCUUUACAGAUCUACGUCUUGAAUUAUCUGAAAUUAUUCCUGUCAACAUUAAACGACUAAGUUCAAAUGGGGAAAAAACCCAAGUUGAUACCACUAUUAAUUCUGGUCGAAAGAUACUCAUUUCACUUAAUAUUGAAUCAUCCAAAGAAGAAAGAAGUGCAGACUCUAUUUUAAAUGAUUUAAAUGAUAUGAUUACAUAUAAAAACAUGACUUCCAUUGAUUUAUUUCCUACCACAAAGUAUUUAGAUGGAGAUUUUGGAUUUAAACCAACGCCCGCCUUAUGGGGUAAAUACAAGUGGAAAUUUUUGGGUGUUAUGUUGGUACUUGCAAUUUUAGUGGUUCUUUUUUUAAUAGCAAAAAAAAUAGAAAGCAAGGGUCAUAAUAUUGCUAUUUUACAACUUGGAUUAAUUAUUUUUGAUUUUGCAAUGGAUGUCCUUUUUGUCAGUAAGAACGGUAAAGUUAUUGAAGUACUAUAUAUUCCAAGUUAUGAAAACAAAUCUAAAGCUUUCUUGGAUUGGUUCUCUCAAAAUGAAAAGGUGGCAUCAGUAUUUACAGUUUUAUCAAGUGCUGACAUUGAAACAUUAAGUAUUCUCCAUUCAAAUAUGGCCGGAUUUAAAUUUUUCCAAGCUCCAUUUUCAACUAAGGGAAAAAAUAGAAUCUUUUGGGCUUCUUGUUUAGCCAUUUUUGUUGAAGAUAUACCGCAAGUAAUCAUUCAGUUAAUAUACUAUUUUAGGGUGGUUACAUAUGAUAUAAUUCCUCUUCUUUCACUCGUUUCUUCGUGUCUUAGCUUGUUGAUAAAUAUUAUUGGUAGAUUAUUUCAAGCAAUAAAUACCUGUCGACCCGGAAUUUUGAAAUGCGACAGUUCACAGAAUCAAGAUGAUUUUGAAAGUCUUCAUCAACUUCAGACACCAGCUACUGAAAGAAGUUCCACUUCAGAUGAAUCAAUAUCACAUUCGGUUGAUGUCAAAGAAGAAAAUGAAAAAAAAUAA